GUCGGCGCAGCGGCUCCCGCGACUUAACUGCAGCCGGGCGCCGGGAGGCAGCGCCGCUCCGCGCCCUUCGGCCGCCGCGACCCGCGGGGCGGCAGCGGGCGGCGGCGGCGAAGGAGAAGGAGAAGGAGGAGGAGGAGGAGAAGGAUGCUGCGCGCCUUGGUGGCGGUGUCCCUGUGGCUGCGGGUGAGCCCGCGGGCGCAGGGCGCGCCGUGCGAGGCGGUGCGCAUCCCCAUGUGCCGCUCCAUGCCCUGGAACAUCACCCGCAUGCCCAACCACCUUCACCACAGCACCCAGGAAAACGCCGUCCUCGCCAUCGAGCAGUACGAGGAGCUGGUGGGCACCGGCUGCAGCCCGGUCCUCCCCUUCUUCCUCUGCGCCAUGUACGCCCCCAUCUGCACCCUGGAGUUCCUCUACGACCCCAUCAAGCCGUGCCGCUCCGUCUGCCAGCGCGCCCGCGACGGCUGCGAGCCCAUCAUGCGCCGCUACAACCACAGCUGGCCCGAGAGCCUCGCCUGCGACGACCUCCCCGUCUACGACCGCGGCGUCUGCAUCUCCCCCGAGGCCAUCGUCACCGACCUACCGGAGGAUGUGAAGUGGACGGACUUCACGCAGGGCGUGCUGGUGCCGGAGAGACCCCUGGAGCCCGACUGCAAGAGCCGCGGCCAGGAGCGAUGCAGGUGCAAAAAGACAAAGCCUACGCUGUCGACCUACCUGGCCAAGAACUACAGCUACAUCAUUCAUGCUAAAGUAAAAAGCAUAGAAAGAGGGAACUGCAAUGAGAUAACAACUAUGGUUGAAGUCAAAGACAUACUUAAAUCUUCGACGCCAAUUCCUCUGUCUCAAGUGCCUCUUCUUACAAAUUCCUCCUGCCAGUGUCCACCUCUUCAACCAAAGCAGGAUGUUCUCAUCAUGUGCUAUGAAUGGCGCUCAAGGUUGAUGCUUCUCGAUGGAUGUCUAGUUGAAAAAUGGAAGGAUCAACUAAACAAAAGAUUUAAGAGGUGGGAACAGAGACUGCAAGAGCAAAAGCUGCGAACGGCCCGCAGUAAGAACCAGAAUGCAGGACGCAGUGGUCGGAGUGGAGCCCCAAACCCAUCAACCAAGAAUACCAAUCUGAUGGUCAGUGGCCCCAAAAAGGCCACUAAAAUAAGAAAUGGCCAGAAAGAAAUCAAUCCUAAAAAAGUAUGAGUGUGCAAUCUCCAAAAGGAAAGACUUUUCCUGCACAAUGAGGGUCACAAUCUGGCUUGGUCAGCACGUUUUAUUAAUCCUGAACUCAUUGACUUAAAAACUCACAGCAGUUUCUGCAUAGACAGUUUUGCUGCACUUUACUUUUAAAAGGUUUGCUUUUCCUUUCAGGCCACUGCAAGCCAUAGAGCGUAGGUUUGCACUAAUAUGUGGUAGGCAUAUUCAAGCUGACUGAACUUUAUCUUAGGGCUCUGAUUUGCAGUUCUAGAUAGAUCUAGCCUUGGCUGCCAGAGGUUUUAACUCCUUAUGCCGGUUGCCUUGCCUGCCUCCCUGCCAGAUGUUGGAGAGCUGCACGUGGCAUCUCUUCUCUCCUCAGAGAGUGCAACGAGUAGUUGGCGAGUUAGUCUGUGAGUUAGUCUGGUGAGCUGAGAACUGUCGCAGCUGAGGAGCAGCAGAGGGAUGGUACCCUCUGGCAGACGUCUGGGGCAGCAACCAGUGCAGCCACUGGAGCUGAAUCUAUCUGCUCUUUGGAGUCACAGCCCUUGUUCAGAGCAUUCAGAAGCAUAGUUUACUGAUAAACACCUGGGUGUGCAUUAUGUGAUUAUUUUUAUGUGCAUACCAGAAAUAUGCUUACGGUGUUAGUAUUUGAUCUUGUGGGUUUGUGUAGCAAAAAUGCAUUGAAAGCAGACAUUUAAUUUUUUAUUGUACUUCAGGCUGGCUUCUGUUGUUAUAAUUUCAAAUAUAUUUAAGCAUCUAAUUGAAAAAUCAGUAUUUUUUAAAAGGACAGAUUAAAGUGAAGCAGCUCUGUAGAGUUCUUAAAAGUAACAUUUAUGUUUGCUGUAAUAUAGCUUUGUUAUGAAAAUUGGAAUAGAAGCAUUAUUCUAAACUGUCCUGGUUUAUUCUAAACUUAAUUGACAGCUACUGUACAUUAUUAAAGAGAAGAUAGGGCUUUGCCUGGCUCAGUGUUAAUUUGGAUAAUUUUUUAUCAUUUGAAAUCAUAUUUCUAAAUCUUUCUCUGACACAAAAUAAAUAAACAAAUAAAUAUGGCUUGUCCCUAUUCCUGAACUUCUCAAAA